CCGGCGCGGCGGCGCUGAGGGAGCGGCGCUGAGGCGGCCCCGCCGGGGAUGUCCCGCAAACAGGCGGGCAGGGCCCGGCCCGCCGCCGCCAGGAAGGGCCGCCGGCCCCGCCAGGCCCCCGCCGGCCCUUCCCCGGGCUCCGCUGCGGGCCACAGCGGCGGCCUCGCCGGGCAGCUCCGGGCCCUCGGCCUCAAGCUGCGGGAGGUGCCGGGAGAUGGCAACUGCUUGUUCCGGGCCUUGGGGGACCAGCUGGAGGGACACUCCCGGAACCACGCGCGGCACCGCCAGGAGACGGUGCAGUUCAUGCUGAGGCAGCGCGGGGACUUCGAGCCCUUCGUGGAGGAUGAUGUGCCUUUUGACAAACACGUUGCCAAUUUGGCCAAACCUGGUACUUUUGCUGGCAACGAUGCUAUUGUGGCCUUUGCAAGGAACAAUCAAUUGAACGUGGUUAUUCAUCAGCUCAACACUCCUCUGUGGCAGAUCCGGGGCACAGACAGGAGCGACGCCCGGGAGCUGCACAUCGCCUACAGGCACGGGGAGCACUACGACAGCGUCAGGAGGCUCAGCGACGACUCGGAGGCGCCGGCCUGCCUUCGGAUGGAGAUGCUGUGCAAGAAUGAUUCAAAUAAGGCAGAGGAGGUGAAGCCACAGAAGAGCAACUCUGAAGAUGAGACUGAAGUGGAGAUGGAAGAUGCUGUAGAAAAAGUGUGCAGUGCAACUGGGUGUUCAGACAUGGAUUUAGUAAGCCACAUUCUUGAGGUGGAGGACUACAAUGUGGAAUCUGCAAUAUUUGCCAUCUUGCAGGUGAAGGAAGGGGAAGGAAUAGGUACUGAGGAGCAGCAGGAGCCCCUGGGCAGGGAACAAAAAUCCUGCAGCGGGACACUGUGGGAAGAGAAUGGAACUGGUUCAAGAAUCUUUGGAAAUCAGAGCUUGCAUCAAGGUGAAGCAGAGAACAACAAGGGACAAGCUGGAUCCAGGGAAGAGAACCGAACCAGCAGAAACCCAAAGGUAGCCAAGAAGCACAGGAAGGAGCAGCGGCUGGAGAAGAAGAAGCGGCAGGAGGAGAGGCACCGGCAGAAGGUCCUGGCCACCAAGAGGGACAGUGCAGACACCAGGACAGAGACAGACCCAGGCAGCCACAUCACCCUGGUGAAGGCCAUGGCAGCCCUGAACAUAUGACUCAGUGCUCUGAUGACAAAAGCAAAUAAAACUGAUGAAGACGAAAUUCCCCCAAGAGAAUUUAUAGGCACCCAUGUUUAUCUUAAAAUCCAUCUCUGCUCGGAUUUCCAAACACAAGAGAACUUCCUCUUGCUUUUGGGGAGGACAAUUGCUCAUUGAUUCUGCAUCAACAUGUGAGAAGAGUUUACUUAACAGGAAGUAGAGACUUGGGUCUAUAAUCUUGGAAUUAGAUGAAGGUGAUGACCUUUGCUUCACACAACGGUGUCCGAUUUGUUUUGACAUAUCUUGAUGUGCCUGGUUUUGGUUUUUUUGUUUUCUUCUUUUAUUUGGUUAUUCCUGGAGGAGCUUUAUUUUACCUUGCUGUCAGGGAAAGCUUAACAAAUCUCAACUCAGGAAUAUCUCUGGUGGAUCUUUUUUUAUUUAAAUUCAAAUAAAGUAAGGAAACAGAGUCCCAGAAUCCUUUCCAAAGCAAAGCGUCAGCCAGCACUGUCUCAAACAUGACAUUCCUCCUUUGUUUGCCAUGCAGGAAUGCAGUGGCAAGUUUUAGUCUCUCUUUUAGAACUGCUGGCAUUGCACUGAGCUGGUUCAGAAGUGAUGAAUAUUUGGAGAGAGAUGGAGAUUGCUGCAUCCAUGCUUGCUGAGCUUUGGAAUCAGCUCCUUUAAGAUCAGACCUGUUGGUGUAAAAGAACCCCCCCAGAACAGUAAUCCCAGUGGACUCAUGGGACUGCAGAGCUGAUUCUUCCAAUCUGGUAAAAUGUGACAGGAACAGGCUUGAAGCUUCUGAUGAGUGUUGUUACUCGGACACCUGGAAUCUUUGUCCCCUUUGCCCUGUUCCAGAGUUUUUGGGCUACUCCAGGGCUUUAGACCAAAUCAGGAGCUGGAUAGGUAUUAGUCUCCGAAUGAAAUCAGCAUAGCCAAAGGACCAAGAGUCCUGAGAAGAAUCUCCCAUGCAGCAGUGAUCCCUGGGAAACCUGCCUAUUUCACUUCAUAAAUCAAGCUUUUUUCCAGGGUAGGUUUUUUUUUUCAUCUUAAAUUCCAUUUUAGUGAGGUCACCAACUAGGAUAUACAGCUUGACUCCUGUGAUGUUUUCCACUGCAGGACUGGGAAUUUGGAUUGAAGUGAAAGGGCUGUGGGACUCAGCCUUUGAUUUAUAGCUCAUGGUGUUUCAGCUCCACUCAGGUUUUUGGGCUUGUAACAAGCACUAAGCUUGAAGAAAGCACAUGUGUACUUACACACAGAAGACACCUCAUCAGCCAGUGUCUUAGGUGAAAGGAAUUUUUUUAAAGUAAGGAGCAUUGCAUUUGAAAAAUCUGUCUGUGCUUAAAAGUUUAUAAAUCAGCAUGGAAAUUAUUUUUUUUUUACCAGACUGCCAAGAACUGGGGUAGUACUUGUUAUGGCCUGCUGCUGUUACUUGAAGAAUAAAAUGAAAGGAGCUCUCCUGUAAGAA